CACCCGCCACUCACAGGAACAAGAUGCCGGUAUACUUCCCUCGUUGGAGCCUGAAUGUUGUUUCGAACGACGGUGAAUCACGAAAUGAUGAGUGAAAGGCAUUCGAUCCUGGUGUGUUUCGAUGAACAGCUCUCUCUGACGUGGCGAGACGAAAAACCUGCGGCUACUAGCAGGCGACUCUACAGACUGAACAAACCCAGCGCAAGUGACAGUUCCUCGCGAAUUCCUCACCGUUUGGUUUUAUCACAACGUUGCCACCUGUGUGUCGACUCAUUCCGUUCUCGUUCCUCAACACGAUUCACUGCUGAAAACUUUUCUUCCUCGCAACGUCCUGACGACUUUUUCGUGGCGAACGUGGACCCCACAGGCAAUCCAUUGUGUUGCGACCUGCCCUCCGGACGGUUUACGACUGCAGAAUGUCACCCUUUCCCCGGAAAGCCCGAUAGGUUCCUGUGUAAAAGAAAGUGGCAAGGCGUGCGGUUUUGAACGAGGAAACAGCCAAACUGCCCGCGGGUCCCAGCAGGCCGGUUGUGCCCAGAGAUUCACCCGAAACCUUCUUUGCGCAGUUCCGUGCGAAAGUCCGCCUGCACAGUCCGUACAUCCGCCGAGUGUGUCUGGCGCGCGCUCGCGGCGCCAAGGCAGAAAAGGGUGACGAAAUGGAAGACUGAGCGCUUUUUCCUGUACGGUGUGGUGGCUUUCUUCCUGGCCGUGUGUUGUGCCCUUCUUUCUCUCCUCGCUUCCCCUGCACCUGCUGUGCGCCGCGAGACUUCCGUCGCCACGGGUGCCUCGUUUCUGCGUUUCUCGGUUCCUGUCUUCCCCUCCAGACGAGCCAAGCAGACGAACGACUGGGAGAACGACCCUUCUUUGCGCACUGGGCGGCCUUCUGAGAAAACUUUCCCCUUUCUUUCUGUCGCCUUGCAACUUCCUCGGGCACUUCCCCCGUUUCUCUCGACACAAACUUUGCAUGCAUCGAACUCGCUGCGCAACCCAGGUUUCCGUUCUCAGUAUCGCGUCUUCUUCGCAGCUCGGGCCUUUGCUCUCCGUUCAGCGAAGCGGGCGAGUGUCUUUUCCGCGGCCUCGAGUCUGAAAAAUCCAAAAAAAUACACAGCUGUGACCUCUCUCCGCGCGCGCUCCCCCCCCCUCCCCUGCCUCUUCCUUCCCCUAAGCGGUUGCCCCCAGGGACUUUUGAUUCUCUCCGCAGUGUUUCUUACUGAGCCUCGCUCUCAGUUUCGUUUCCUUUCUGUUGCUGUCUGAUCUCGCGUCCUUGCCUGCCUCCGUCUUCGUCUCCCGGCUGCUGCCUGUUUUCGAAAAAGGAACGCUCACGCCGCUCUCCGUAGCGGCCUUGCCAGAGCAGCUGCUCGCGCGAUUGAACUUGGAACAAAGAGCUCCUGAGGUCGUUUCGCCGGUAAAGAAGGUCGGGGCGCGACGCAAAAGCCAUGGCAGAGGGUGAAGGAGUUUCGGGAGAGGCGGCGACCUCCCAAGACACUCGAGCCGCGGGAGAGGCGUCGCGGCCAGAGCGUUCUCAGGCUGCAGUCGAAGACUUAAGGCAAGCAGAGAACGUUAACAGCGAAGAAGAAGCGGCGAUGGAGGAGUGCUUUGGAGACAUGGUGGCUGAAGCUGAGAGUCUGAAGACUGAAGGCAACGAGUUCUUCAAAACUCGACUCUUCCACCAAGCUGUUGAGAAGUACACUGCAGCAAUCGACCUCAUCUGCAGCAACACCAUGACUGCACAAACCAAGCAAAUUCUCCAGGUUCUCCUCUGCAACAGGGCCUUCUGUCAAAUCAACCUCGAAAACUAUGGCUCUGCGGUGGUUGAUGCGGAGCGUGUGAUUCAAAUGAAUCCCUUAUUUGCCAAGGCGUACUAUCGCCGCGGCUGCGCGUACUGCUGUCUCUCGCGCUACAAGAAGGCUCAGAAAGACUUCGAGCGCGUCAUUGCGUUGUCUGCGACACCGGAUCCGAGCGUCGUAUCGCGGCUGAACGAAUGCAAGAAACAGAUUCGGUUGGAGGCGUUCGCAGCCGCCAUCGAGACCCAACAGACGAUGCGCGCUUCUGAGGCUGUGCGGAAGGAAGGACUCGACACCCUCUGCCCUGUCGAGAAGAGCUACGACGGACCUGUGUACGCGCCCACUGGCAGCGAGUACUGCUCUGCGGAGUUUGUCGGAGCUCUGAAGGAAUUCUUGAAAGAUACGUCGAAGAGACUGCACAAACAAUUCGCCUACCGCAUGGUCUUGGACGUGAUAUCUCUUUUGGGCAAGCUGCAGACGCUGGAGAGAAUCCGCAUUCCUGACGACGGCGAAAUCACCGUCUGCGGAGACGUCCAUGGACAGUACUACGACUUGUGCAACAUCUUCGAACUCAACGGAAUGCCCUCCAAAGAAAAUCCCUACCUUUUCAAUGGAGACUUCGUCGACAGAGGCUCCUUCUCCGUAGAGUGCAUUCUUCUGCUCUACGCCGCGAAGCUUGCCUUCCCCGACGCGUUCCACCUCACUCGAGGAAAUCAUGAAACUUUUGAAAUGAAUCGGCUCUACGGUUUUCGAGGCGAAGUCCUGCACAAAUACGACGAACGCCUGUAUAAUCUGUUCUGUGAGUCUUUCCGUCUGCUGCCGCUCGCGUUUGUGUUGAACGACGCCGUGUUCGUCGUCCACGGAGGCCUUCUGAGUCGCGACGAUGUGACUCUCGAGGAAAUCAACAAAAUUGACAGAGACAGGGAACCUCCUGAUGGCGGACUGAUGACGGAUCUCCUCUGGUCUGACCCUUCGCCGCUACCGGGGCGUUCGCCGUCCAAGCGAGGUGUAGCUUGUCAGUUCGGCCCAGAUGUAACUGCUGCCUUCUUGAAGCGAAACAAUUUGAAGCUGGUGAUUCGCUCGCACGAAAUGAAGGACGACGGCUACGAAGUGUGCCACAACGGCCAGCUGGUCACCGUCUUCAGUGCACCGAAUUACUGCGACCAGAUGAAAAACAAAGGGGCCUUCGUCAGGCUGGACGGAAAGACGCUGACCCCGAAGUACACGCAGUUCGAGGCGGUGCCUCAUCCAGCGACGCGACCAAUGCAAUACGCGAAUCCCAUGCUCAGCUUCAUGUAGACGUCCUCUCUACAUUUCUCUUCCUUUUAUUGAUUCAGUCGUUCUUCUCUCGUCUCUCUCCUCUCCACCUUUCGCCGUUUCGUCUCCCUCGUCCUUCUCGCGCGUCGCUCGCGGGUCCUCGGUCGCUCCUCUCCCGUCUCUUGCACGUCUCGCCGACGGGUUUUCUCCGAAUAUAAGCCGAAUCGCACACUGGGCGGGACCUCUCUGCGACGUUUUUCGGGGGACGAAGCGGAAGCGGCACAACGUAGUUGCUUCUUUUCGCGGGUUUUCGUUCCGGUUUUCCCUGGGUCCCUCUUUCGCUUCGUCUCUGCUCGCGGUUCUCUCGCUUCUGGCGUCUCAAGGCCGCUCGAUGAGGCGGAACAGAAUUGUCGGAGCGGAACCUGCGACGAGACCAGAAUCUCUGCAGGUUUUUCCCGAGGAAUGAAGUCGCAGCGGCGUUCUGUGUAACGGCGCGGCGUGGACAAGUCACCACAGAGUGCUGUUUCUCUGCAUGUCUUCGUGUUUCGCAUUCAAAGAUCAAGUGCUCGUUUCCUGUGGUCGUCGGCCUCACAUUUGCAGUCCUUCGUUUCUCCAGAAGGUCUCAGCUUCUUCGUCGCCGUCUCGAGAGCACUUGGAUAUUUGUAUCGCGUCGUCCUUCUCCGUACAUGAGAGCCGACACUCUACAGGUGCAUGAGCGCGCCGGGUCCAGCUAGGGAAACGCAAAUGCUUGCCUUUAUGUGUAUAUCUCUUGAUGGACAGUUUCGCGAAUUUCAGCUCUCGCCUCCGGUUCGUUUGCAAAUGGUGUGUGCUUCUUGUCUGUGAACGAAGGCUUUUUUUGGACUCGCGCGGUUCUCGAGCUGGGCAACGGGGCGUCGGGGACGGGCGGGAACUGUCGGUGCAUGCUCGCACAGGUGCUCGAGUGACGCAGCUGUCCAGCGGCAUUUGCUUUCUUGGCAUCUCUGCGUGUCUAUGUUGUUGCGAAAAUCGGUUCUUGCGGAAGCAACGAAGCAAUGGAUUUGUGCAGCUUUGUUUUUUCUCCAGAUGUGCGGGUUCCGACACCCCCGGGACCGCGCCUCCCGGUGAGGCCGUAAAAAAGCAGUUUUUCGAGCUUCUCUUUCCUUUGAACUUCUCUUUCCUUGGAUCUUCUCUCGACCUCUACUUUUCUACACAACCCCAGAGAGCCUGUCUCUUGCCUUCUUCUCUGUCUCCUCUUGUCCCCUCUGUCAACCUUUCUUGUUCUCUCCCUUUGCUUUCUCUGUCUCUCGUCUUGCUCUUUCAAACCCUGGUUCGAUGCUUUGCUCGGUCUCUCCUGCUGCCUCUUCUUCCUCUUUUUUGUUGCUCUCUCGCUCACGGUUGGCGUUACCUCUCGCCCCCCUCGCAGUCGUUUCUCUUCUCUCGAAAGCUGAAGUGAAUUCGAGGAGAAAACGUAGCGACGGCCAGUCCACCUACUCGCCACCUUCAGUGCACAGUAAUCCUGUCCGAAUCUCUGCUGAAGGGCACACUAAAGAUUUUCUUCGAAUGCCUCCAUCGACGCACAGCCAAAGUUCUCCCACCGAAACAGCACAGCUGCACCUACAUAUAUAUAUAUAUAUAUAUAUGUAAACAUGGACUUGGUCGUCUUCAGUGACAGGUGACACUUGGAGCAGGUUGAAAGUCAAGGUUUGUGUGGGAGCGCGAAAAGGCUGGAAGCCAGUGUCUCUUGCUUCUGUUUCUGUCUCCCUCCGUUAUGUUCUUUCUGCACAUACGCAUGCGUCCCUAGAAGAAUUCAUACACAUUUUUGUG